AUGGCUAACAAUCCGGCAGAUAAGCAAAGCGUGCCUUCUCAUUCGAAUGCAAUGCCAAGUCCUACAUCAGGGAUUAACAUGAACUACAUGCCUGUUCGACCACAGCCAUUCACCUCACCUCCGCAUACUUUCUCACCAUUCCCACCAUGGGAUGGUAAUUAUGGUGGGAUGACACAGCCGCCAAUGUCAUACAUGAGCAUGUUAGGCAGUCCACAAGGUUUGAUGUUUCCCACAGCCAGUUCUCAAAGUAGUGGACCUAAUCAAUUUUCACCAAACACCGGUGAUUCAGUUGGAAAGGAUAUUCAUGACGUUGAUGGUGCGGAGCACACUUCGCCAUUGAAAAGAGGGAAAAGAUUAGCACACAAAAAAAAAGUUCCGUGUACCAGGUUGAACUCAAGAGGCGUGGCUAAUAAGUUUUGGCUUCCAGAGCACGAUGAUGUGCUUAUUCCUUAUCUUGCAGAUUUAGCAUUGGAUGGCAUGAAGCCAGACAAGAACUUCAAGGCUGAAGCUUAUAAAAUGGCUGCCAUGAAAAUCAACAUGCAAUUCAGGACUGAUUUCACUCACCUGCAUGUCAUUAACCACUUGAAAUGUUUGCGGAACAAAUUCAAUGACAUGAAAGCUUGCCUUGAUAUAAGUGGUGCUGGGUGGGAUGAAACAAGUAAAAUGAUUACAUUGGAUGAGGAAACCUUGAAAUCUUGGGCCCAGGACAAAUCCAAUUCUAAGUACAAAGCAUACAUAAACAAACCCCUUCCUCACUUCAAAAAUUUACAAGUUAUCAUGGGUGAUGAUCAAGCCAAGGGUGAUUUUGUUAGACCCGUGUACGCUAACAUUGGGUCUAGUAGGUCCAUACCUAUUCCCGAUGAUGAUUGCGAGAUUCUAGAGGAGAGUGAAGCUGAACCACAGUCUGAUGCUUGCAACGCACCACGUUCUGGUGCUGUUAACCAACCACAACCCACUAGAUAUAAGACUAAGAGUAAAGACAACACGACUUCAUCAUCUAGCAAAAAAACCAGAAAAUUUAAUCGUGAAGAGGAAAUGAUGUGUGCCUUUGUUGAGUCCAUGUCUCAGUCAAUGAGGAAUCAACACGUUAUACACUGGACUGAGCAGUUGGCCACAGCGUUGAAUGAACAUAGGUCUGAAUAUUCCGAGGAGUUCCUCGAUAGGGUUUUAGACCAUUUAUAUGACAAUGAACGUGAAGGUAAGCUUUCUGCAGCUCAUGCUGAUGCUGCAGUUUGGGUGAGCUCAUGUUUUGAGCUUUCUGCAACUCAUGCUGCUGCUGCAUUUGCUGCUGCUGCUGGUUUUCCUUGCCUUUGCUGCUACUGUUGGGUUGUCUACCUCCUUGCUGCUGGAGCUUGUGUAGAUCCUGUAAUGGGGGUUGCUGCUUUGUGGGAGCUGUUUUGCUUGUGUAGCUCCUUGCACUUGAUAUUUGGCAAUGAUGAUGAUCAGCGUUUACUGAGAAUGCAAUCUAACUUACAUUGUUUAUUAUAUCCAGAUGAGGCAAAAGGGGAUGACAUUGCAGCCUACAUUGAAUUGACAAUGUCUAGGCGAGGCAAUUCAUCCUUAUAA